AUGGCCGUCGACUGGACCCAACUUCCCGGAGAUAUUCUGCAAUCAAUCUCCAAGAAAAUCACCGUUUCCGGUGAUUACGUCAAAUUCAGAGCCGUGUGUCCCGAGUGGCGUUCCUCACUCCCAAAGUUCCCGCGCCACCUCCUCCGUCAAUUCCCAUGGCUCAUGAUUCCCUUCUCCCAAUCCCAAUCCCAUUGCUCCUUCUACGACCUCUCUACCGACGUGACCCACGUUCUCGAGCUCCCUGAAGCUGCUCGACCCGAUCUUCGCAUUUGCUCCUCCAACGGCUGGCUUGUCAUCUUUGACGACUCCCCAACAAUCCUUCUCCUCGACCCUCUCACUGGGGCCAAGCUUCACCUACCUCCGCUGUCCUCCUUUCCCAACGUUGUGAGCUUUGACCGCUCUAAAGUUGGUAAGGAGUACGCAAUUCUAGGCGAUUCCGGCGACAUUUACCGGCUUAGUCUAAGGCAAAUGCGCGACUUGUUUAUUAAGAAAAUUGUUCUCUCUUCAGGCCCCGCGAACAAUGACAACAUGGUUAAUGCGUUGGCGAUUCUUGGUAAGUCUAACGAUUUAGCUUGCUAUAAGAAUGGCGAUCAGUCUUGGACUUUCUUGGACAAUUUUUGUCUUUCUUGGUGUGAUGGUAUAUAUUACAAGGAGCAGUUCUACGUUGUUUCUCGCGAUGGAACUAUUGCUGUGUGCGAUGUAAAUUGUGAGAUGCCAAUCGCUUCUCUAAUUUACGCGUUUCAUCUGUUUUCCGUUAUCUCUAAGAUGCAUUUGGUGAUUUCAGGAGAUGACGAGUUGUUACUGAUUCUUCGCAAUUUUUCCAUUGAUGGUAAACGCCCGGAUAAUAAGUUAUACCUAAAAACGACGGGGUUUGAUGUUUACAGAAUGAAUUGGGGCCGGCAACCGUACUGGGAUAGAGUCGUUAACUUGGGUCGGAGGUUGUUGUUUAUUGGGGAAUAUUCAUCUGUGUCAUUAUCUGCUUAUGAUGUUCGAGGAUGUGUAAGGAAUCCUAGCUUCUCAUCUCCCUAUUAUGGACAAUGUUUAGGGAAUUGUAUAUAUUUCACCGAUGAUCGUUUUGUUUACUAUGGUGAUGGUACGGUUUAUGUUUUGGAUAGAGGCAUCUACCAGUUAAGGAACGAAAAGAUAAUAGCUUUUCCGGGUCGUGCGAGAGAUCCGCAUUCAAUUUGGUUUAUACCGAGUACGAAAGACGAGAAUCUAAUUGCAGAUAAGAAGAUUUGA